GCUGGCGGGGCUGUGCGCAGUGCUGCCUUACCUCGGCCGCUUCCCCGCGCUGCGCAGCCUCAAGCUGCCCUACAGCAACGUGGACAUGUGCCACCCGGCCCCCGGGCACGGACGCCGGCAUCCGCUGCUUGGCCGCUCACCUCCGGGCCCUGCCUGCCCUCAAGGAACUCGAUUUGUACUCCUCCAGGCUUUCUGGGAGACUCAGGCAGCUCCUGGGGUUGAGCUCCACGUCCACCUGGAUGGAGCCAUUAGACCAGAAACAAUCUUGCACUUUGGAAGGAAAAGAGGGGUUCCUCUUCCUGGCAGUACUGUUGAUGACCUCCUGAAGCAUGUCAGCUACAAAACACCACUGACACUUACCCAGUUUCUAGAGAAGUUUAAUCACUACAUGCCUGCCAUUGCGGGUGACCGUGAGGCUGUGAGGAGGAUCGCCUACGAGCUGGUGGAAACGAAAGCCAAAGAAGGUGUCAUCUAUGUGGAGGUACGGUACAGCCCUCACCUGCUGGCCAACUGCCGUGUGGAUCCCAUCCCCUGGGGCCAGAGCGAGGGAGACCUCACUCCAGAUGAAGUCGUUAACCUCGUAAAUCAGGGACUGCAGGAUGGAGAAAGGGAUUUCCGCAUCAAAGCCAGGUCUAUUCUAUGCUGCAUGCGCCAUAUGCCAAGCUGGUCCCCAGAGGUGGUGGAGCUCUGCAAGAAGUAUCGGAACAACUCUGUGGUAGCCAUCGACCUGGCUGGGGAUGAGUCCCUGAAGGUGGAGGAUUCCUCUGAGCACAAGAAGGCUUAUGAGGAAGCUGAACGAUGCGGGAUCCAUCGCACAGUCCAUGCUGGGGAGGCCGGGCCGCCCGCCAUGAUCAAGGAGGCAGUUUAUCUCCUGAAAGCUGAGCGCAUUGGCCAUGGCUACCAUGUCCUGGAGGACCCUGAGCUCUACAAGGAGCUGUUGAGAGCAAAGAUGCAUUUUGAGGUCUGUCCGUGGUCCAGUUAUCUCACUGGAGCCUGUCUUCCAGACUUUGGGAAACACCCAGUGGCACAAUUUAGGAAGGAUCGUGCUAACUAUUCUAUAAACACAGAUGACCCCCUCAUCUUUAACUCCAAUAUUGACAAGGAUUACAGCAUAGUGAAGGACUACAUGGGCUUCACUGAAGAGGAGUUCAAGAGAGUGAACAUCAAUGCAGCUCAGUCCAGCUUCUUACCCGAGAAGGAAAAGCAGGAGCUGCUCAACACUCUGUAUGAAGCCUAUGGGAUGGCCCCCAAUGCAUCGUGAGCCUCCCCUGUGAGCCAGCGUGGAGCAGUGGCCCUUCUUCAUGUGUGGUAGCACUGGGAGAAGGUGCCCAGAGUCAGUCUCUCUGACAGCCAGCCCUCUGUUAACCUUUACAGAGGGAAGCAGAAUCAGGCUAUUACAUACUUACCUGUGAUCCCCCCACAAACUCUCUCCCAAAUGCAUAUCCAGCUUCCUAUCUUGCUGUUGUGCAAACAGACCAAAACUGCCUCCUGGCCUGACUUCCUUCUCCAUCUGCCAAGCUUCCUGUACUGCAAGUGAGAACAGAACCUCCCUUGCUUGUUUUUUCCCCUCCCUUUUCCCCUGCUUUAUCUGUCCUGCCCCACUGACCUGCCCAGCCCUUGUCUGCAGUGCAGAAAUAACCACCCUUAACUGUGACUGUGGGCUGGGUUAAUCUUCAUCUUUCUGAGAAGAAGGUCUGGUAGUGCUGACAGGGAGUGAGCAGGCACUGCAGAAACAAGAGGCUUGAUUCCCAUCCUUGUGGCUUUGACUACAGCCAUAUUUAUCCAGGGUUAGUCUUGUACUAACAAGACUGGAACAAGAACAAGCUGGAAGCCAAUGCUCUUGCCCCUGCACAGGUCUGAAGGGCAUUUGAAAGAAAAAUUAGCAUUUUGCCAUCCUCUCUUGGACAAAGGCUCUUGUGCAUCAGCCUCCCAGCAUCACUGGCACAGAAGCACACACCUUGGGCUGAGGCUCCGGCUCUGCUCACAGCUGACUGACCACGUUCACACAUGCUUAGGAAGCUGGAACAUAUUUUUACCAUUUUGGGCCAAAAUCUGCCUUCUGGGACUUUUCCUGGUUUUGUACUCAUCCUGGAGAAUUCCUGUGAACUGCAGUUUGCUCUGCCUCUGUUUGAAACCACGAGCAAUUGCCUGUUGUAACCAUUCUGCCCUCUUCUGACUCCUUCGAAUCUUUAGACACCGUUAAAGCUGAAUAAGCAAAUUAAUAAGCUAGGGCUCAAUGUCACAUGUUGACUGGGGUCCCAUCUGAACUGCUUCUCUCACUCAGCCACAACCCAGGCUCCAGGUCAGAUCUUCAGUCUGGUGAAUUUCUACAGAAACAUUCACCACGAUUCCUGAGGGAUUUUGGUGCAUGGUGGUGGUUUUACUUCUUAUGCAAUAGAGGCCUGCAUCCAGAGAAGAGACCAUCAUUUUCUUACAUGAGUGUGUGGUGUGCUUUAGCUUCCCAGGUGUCUGCCAAGACACUUACUCCAAAGAUACUGUACCAAAAAGUUGCCUUGGACAAGGGGCCGUGGUCACUGUUACCAUGGACGUGGUGUGGGAAUGUUUCCAUUCUUUCUGGGUUUCCAUAUUUGUCUUCUGAGUAAAAUACUCAUCUCUGAAGUCCAUGGUGCAUAUAUACAAUCAUAGAGGUUUUUAGCUAGCUAGAUGGGUAUGAGUGAGUGAGUUUCUUACUUUAAUAAAGCAAAGGGUAAGGCACCACGUUUAAGAACACGAUUGUGGGCAGAACCGGGCUUGGUUUGGGUAAUUUUUCUCCAAAAUUGUUUCUGAAGAAGGGUUGCUUGUUUGGAUUCUGGACAGUUGAUUGUUCAUGCUGUUUAAUAAAACAACAAAUUUAUAUGAA